AUGUAUGAGAAUAUCAUGACAGCUCAUGAAAAAGCUGCAGAAAUCAGUGUACCUGUGAAGGCCAAGAUAAAGCAACACGUUCCGUGGGAAAAUGAAAACAUCAUAGAAAAAAGGGAAAUGGUGAAGAAUGCUUAUGAGGUAUGCUUGAGAAGAAAUACCAGAAGCAGUGCUGUAAAACUGGAGGAGGCCAAACAAGAGCUACAGGAAUCUUACGAUCGAGAACAAGAGAAGUAUGUGAAUGAAAAGAUUCAUGCAAUUACUGACGCUAUACAACACCAAAAAUCCGGUCUUGCAUGGGAAACGGUAAACGAGUUCACAAGAAGAAAGGGCACAAACAGGGGUCGAAUAAAAGCCAAAAGUCCUGAAGACCGUGUCAGUAAA